ACCUCUCCAACAGCCAUACGAGUAUUAGACACGAUGUCCAACAAGAUCGCAAUCCUUCUGACUGUUCUGAUCGCGGUGGUGGCAUGUGCACGGGCACAACCAUCGCGACGCCAUCCGCUGGUACAGCCACGUUCGCCGUACGGUAGCGGCCAUCGUAUCGUCGGUGGGUUCGAGAUCAAUGUGUCCGAUACUCCGUAUCAGGUAUCGCUCCAAUACAUAAAUAGCCAUCGGUGUGGAGGAUCUGUCCUGAACAGUAAGUGGGUCCUGACUGCCGCUCACUGUACUGAUGGUCUGCAGGCGUUCACCCUCACCGUCCGGCUCGGAUCAUCGCGACACGCCUCUAGUGGCACCGUUGUAAACGUGGCACACAUCGUCCAGCACCCGAAGUACAACGAAUAUAACACCGACUACGACUACGCGCUUCUGGAGCUGGAGUCAGAGCUUACUUUCAGCGAUGUGGUUCAACCGGUGGCACUCCCGGAGCAGGAUGAAGCAGUGGAUGCCGGAACCAUGACCAUUGUCUCAGGGUGGGGCAGUACCAAGAGCGCCACCGAGUCCAACGCCAUUCUGCGAGCUGCCAACGUACCGACCGUGAGCCAGGAGGAAUGUCGCGAGGCAUACUCGAACGACGCUAUCACCGAUCGUAUGCUGUGCGCCGGAUACCAGCAGGGUGGAAAGGACGCUUGCCAGGGAGACUCCGGUGGUCCGCUGGUUGCUGAUGGCAAGCUGAUCGGCGUGGUUUCGUGGGGCGCGGGAUGUGCUCAGCCAGGCUAUCCGGGAGUCUAUGCGCGUGUUGCGAUCGUCCGCAACUGGGUGCGCGAGAUCAGUGGCGUGUAAAAUGUUGUCAGUCGGACUCGACUGAACUGAAAUUAAGCAUAAUAAAUAGUAUGAAUGUGAUAAACGAAA